AUGAUAGUCGCGAGCUUUUCCUUCCGCCCGUCAGCGCGCCCGAGUCACGAGCUUUUCCGUCCGUCCGUCGCUCGCCAAUCCGCACGUAGCGCUCCCCUCCGCCCAUCGCUCUCCCUUCCGUCUUUCGCUGUACCUUCCGCCCGUCGCCCUCCCUUCCGCCCGUCGUUCUCCCUUCCACCGUCGCCCUUCUUUCCCGUCGUCGUCCACCCUUCCGCCCGUAACCCUCCCUUCUUCCCAUCGCCAUCCCUUCUUCCCAUCGCCAUCCCUUCUUCCCAUCGCCAUCCCUUCUUCCCAUCGCCAUCCCUUCUUCCCAUCGCCAUCCCUUCUUCCCAUCGCCAUCCUUCCUUCCCAUCGCCAUCCCUUCUUCUCAUCGCCCUCCCUGCCGCUCGUUGCAAUCCCUGCCGCUUGUCCCCUCGCUUUCCCCGUCAACCUGUCUCCUUGUCCGCCGUCGCAAAGGCGAGGGUUCCCUCUCUCCCUGUCUCCUUGCUUUCCCCGUCUCCUCGCUUUCCUCGUCUCCUCGCUUUCCCCGUCUCCUCGCUUUCCCCGUUCCAUCAAAUGCUCGUCGCCCUCGCCUUCCUUCCCGUCUCCCUUCCCAUCUCGCACAUUUGUCACCCUCCCAUCUCUCCCCCCACUCACUCCCUUCCUUCCACCCAACAAUCCCCAUCAAUCCCCCACUUAUACCCCCCCCCUGCCCUGCUUACCUCUCUCCCUAUUCCCACCAUUCUCUGCCCUGCUCCCCACCAUCCUCUGCCCUGCUCUCUCCCCGGCAUCUGCCCCCGUACCCCCCAUCCCAUUCCCUACGUAAACGCGCCCCCCCUGCCCUGCUUCCCCCCAUCCUCUGACAAGCUCCUCCCCUGCUCUUCCGCGCACAGGGAUAGUGGUCGGUGGAGCGAUCUCCUCAUACCCCCUCCGCUUCUCCUCCGUCCCCCCUCCGCUUCUCCUCCUUCCCCCCUCCGCUUCUCCUCCUUCCUCCCUCCACUUCUCCUCCGUCCCCCCUCCGCUUCUCCUCAUUCCCCCCUCCUCCUUCCCCCCUUUGCUUCUCCUCCUUCCCCCCUCCACUUCUCCUCAUUCCCUCCUUGUUUUCCCCUCUGCUUCCCCCUAUGCAGGGACUUCACAUUCUCUCUGUGCUUCUCUGUCCCCUGGUCCCCCCUGGUCCCCCAUGCGCACCCCUGUGCCCAUCAGGUGGUGGACGAAGCAGGCCGCUUGCUGCCUGUGGUGGUGGAGGCGGACCGGCUGCUGCGCCAGUUCUACCACGACUGGCUGCAUGCUGACGUGGCAGUGAGCGUGCCAGUUCUGUGCGGCGUCAUGCAUGCACAUGGCGGUGGCAGCGUGAGUGGUGUUCUCCCCACUCCAUUCAUCCACGGCCUGCAAUCUCUCCACUUGACUGACGCUGCUAUGAGCCAUUGCCUUGCGCUCGUGUCACCUCACCGUGCUUUCACCGUGUUUGUGUCGUUGCUGCAUGCGGCGCACAGCCUCUUCCUGCUGCUCUCCGCCUUUCCCCCCGCCUCGCUGCCCUUCGCCUCUGCUGAGUUCUCCUCCCACCAGCCGCAGCUCUAG